AUGAAAGGCAAGAAGAGCAAGGCUUCAUCCCCCAAGUCUCACACGUCUGGUACUCCCAGUUCCUCUUCCAAGAAGGGACCCAACAAGACUGUGCGCAAAACCGUGCUGAAGGUCAACUCCCCGAAGAGUCCAAAGACAUCAUCCCCGAAGAGUCCAAAGACAUCCUCCCCGAAGAGUCCAAAGACAUCUCCCAAGAACCAGGAGAAAACACCCAAGAAGAACCAGUCACCUAAGACCAAGAUGUCCCCAGGUAUGAAGAAGCCAUCGGCCAGCAUGAGCCCGAUGAAAGGGUCUCCCCGUUUGAGUUUGAAAGACAAGGUGAAGAAGGAUAAUUUUCAGAACAUCUUGGCAAAGAUCUACAAUGAAUAUGACGACAUGAAGCAGUAUAACAAGUUUUGGCGCUCGGAGCUUGAGAAUCGCGGCUGGCAGUGCUCGGUGGCCGCAAAGCCGCGCGAUUAG